CGUAAAACACUUACCAAAAGAAACAAACAAUAAUCUCAGAACUUGUACAACAAUUUGGUGGUUUGUAACAAUUUCCAAAAGUGUGUACCAUAACUAAAGGAAUCAUUCCGUAUUUUGGAACAUGUGACUUCCGAUUUGUAUUUUCCUUCACUGCUUGCUUGGUUGAGACAAGGAACUGGGUGUUCAGAUGAACGAAAAAACAUAAACUUAAAUUAUCCUGAAUAGUUUGUAAUUCUCUGGUGUCUAUUCCCAUGAAAUUGCCGUGAUUUUGUAUCGUAUUAUACUCAAGGCCAUGUAGUGACUGAAAGAGUCCCGUACUUUAGUGAAUGAUUUCUCUACAAUGUCUGUUGUUGAGGAGAAAACAGGUAGUGUCAGUAGCUCAUGCAACAGCAUGAAGGAGACUCCUGCUUUUCCUACCUCUGGCAAAUCAUCAGCAAAUGUGAAGGCAGAUUGUAAUGAUCUAGCCAACUCUAAUCAUGUUAGCGGGGGAACUAGAGACAGUGACUUGUGCCCCAAUGGUCAGCAUGAUGACAUGUCUGAACAAGAUAUUCUUUCUCCAGACAUUUCAUUAUCAUCGCAAACAACACUUAGAUACUCUGAUGUGGAACCUGAGUUAAAAGAGCAUGACAAAUCUCAUGAAAGCUCAGACUCUAUUGAAACACUGGAGGAUCUCCCAGCUGAGGAUUCACAUAUUGAAAUUAAUCAAAAGUUUUUGCAGCAUCUGACUUUGACUCAGAAUGUAAGUGGAAGCAGCUUAGAUUCUUUUGGAAAAACUUCUUCGAGUGAACAAGCUCCAAAUAUAUCAUCUCUCUCUGAUGAUAAUGCUUCUAGUGACAGCCAUGAAGUUAUUCCUGAAUUCAGUAGCAUUCCCCGGCCUGAAAGUCUUUCACUGCCUCGUCCUCUCCAAACAAUUGACCGUGACAGAGUCAGGUCAAGGUCAGAAAAUAGCAACAGCAGUCAGAAGAGCACAAGUUCUCACAAUAAACUUUCUGACGACCCAAGUUGUUCAGAAGCAGCCGCAUCAUCCUCCAUGGACAAAUCUGCCCCUUUAGAAGAACGGGGUGCCCAUUUCAUAGAAGACCCAGGAGUUUCUUUCAUGGAGCCCAGUGGUCUUUCGCAGGGACUGCCCCAGGGCACGAUCACAAGGCGCGGGGAUAUGAUUCAAUUUGUGGCCGAUGACCUGACAGAGAAAAUCAAGCUGAGCAGUCCCAAGUCACAGGCCGACUCAGAGAGCCUAGGUAGUCGGCGAUCAAGUGUACGCAGUAUUGUGUCUGCGUCCUCUUCCACCUCAGCUGCCACAUCGUCCGGCAUUUCACGCUCGCCCAGCAGCCAAUGGCAACAGAGUCCUGAUGACAUUCCACCUAUUGAUGUUGCCGCCGUCGCUGAGCUGGAGGGACGGGCGCGGCGCGUGGCAGACAGUCUGGACCUCAUGAUGGGCAACAUCCGUAACAAUCUACACAAGAUGUCGGCAAUCACAAUAGGAUGUCAAGAAGCAUACAAGCGUUCUGUGGACAUCACUUGUGAUUCAGUUGAUGGAAGUAUAAAGGCAAUGUACGCCUUGAUGGCAAAAUGUGAGGAGCUGAGCACAUCCAUGAAACCAGUUGAGCAGUUGGCAGGACAAAUCAAAGAGAUCAAACGAAUUCUGGAAUUGUUUGAGUCCCAACUAGGCGACUCUUAAAACCAACAGAAUCUACAUGGAGGCAAGGAGGAAUUCUGGCUCACUGUUAUCACUGGGAGGGUACAAGCUGCGGUGGACUAUUGACAACAUCAACAUUUCUGGAAUGUGCUACAGAAGCAUUUACCACACAGUUCGGUGGUAAUGAAAUCUCUGCCAAGUUUCCGUUUUCUUCUUAUUUUUUUCAUAUUUUGAAAAGUUUGUUUUUUUUCGACUCUGGACUUGGAAGUUUUUCUUUGGACGAGAAGCUUAAGCUCCACUGCAGGACAUGGUGCUCAAAAGAAUAUUUUCUUGAAGAACGAGAAAAGUUUGGAUCCGCUCAGACCCAAAGCUCAUAUUUAUUAUGUUUAUAAGCUUCUGCCUAGUUGUUUGUGUUCUCAUGUGCAUUACAAUUUUUUUCUUCACUAUUUUGUGGCACUGUG